AUAUCCCCAGCUGCUAGUGUUUAGUGCUUACUGUAGGACACUGCCCACCUACACUAAAAUGAUCCUUUAGGCCCUGCUUGGAAGCCCGGUUUUGGACACAAAACCGGCGUAAAAUCCGGAGCCGAAAAAAUAUACCUUCAAAACUUAAAAUCCCGAUUGGUUCGUCGUUAUUGUUUUGUUUUUCGCCUGGUUUCGGUCCAAUACGACGGAAAUUGUUACGGACGUGUGGAGGCCUGGAAUUUUUUCUCCGGAAGGUCGGGGCAGAAGGGAGGGAGAGGGGCGACCGCGGGUUGGAGGAGAAACCCGCCGCCGGCGCGAGGCGAGCCGGGAUCCAGCGACUGGAGCGUGAUCCAACGAGGCAUCGGCAAGGGGGCUACUCGGCGGCGGCGCGAGCUUUUGGCAAGGCAGAUUCCGCCCCCGCCUCCGCCCGCUUCUCCGUCGGGCGCUGUUUCAGCGACGGCAGGAAGCGGCUCCAGGCUCCAGCGACUGCGCCGCCGCUCGGACUCGUCGCUGUCUCCGCCUUCUGUACUCAUCGCCGCCGAAUCUCCAGUGACAAGCAAGAUAUCAGGAUGGAUGAGGUCACACAAGCCGUUGAAAACCUGAAGAAGGAAUGGAGCCAAGUAGUUACUCAGCUUGAGUUGUGUGUUGCUGCAAUAGAAUCCUGUGGGAAGAUGGGGAAAGGGACAGAAGAAGCAAGUUCUCUUCCUAGGCUGAAUGGUUCUGCACAGGAUUCACUACAACUGCUCAACGCACUGCAGUGCAGGCUCGAUCUUCUGGUAGAGCAGCUACCCAGUUUUGAAGAAGUGCAGUCUGGCCAGGCUACCUUAGGAUCUUGGAAGGAACAGUAUCAGAAGCUGCGUGCGAGCUUGAGGAGUGCUAACUUACAAGCGAAAUCAAACAUAAAAAAAGCUGCUCAAGAAGAGAGGGAACUUCUUCUUGGAGGUGGAGAAGAGUCUACCAUCCGGAGGCGUAAUCUCCAGACAAAGACUGGGCUGACAUCUGCUGCAGAAAGUAUCACUGAGAGCCUCCGUCGAUCUCGGCAGUUGAUGGUUCAGGAAGUGGAACGAAGUGCAAGUACCUUAUCAACUUUUGAUGAAUCAACAAGUGUUCUCCGGAAGGCUGAAGGUGAAUAUCAAGGACACCGCAGUUUGCUAAUGCGGACCCGUGGUUUGCUAUCCACGAUGCAACGACAAGAUGUUCUUGAUAGGAUCAUCCUGACUAUUGGGUUCCUCAUUUUCUUCUUGGCGGUUCUUUAUGUUGUCUCAAGACGCAUUGGCCUGUUGACACUGCAACGGAAACUGGCUGAUGCGAUCAGAUCAGGUUCCAUAUCAGCCGAAGACAUUAUACCUAAAGUGCAGCACGGACCUGCCCCAGCAAAUCCUAAUAUUGCUCCUCCCAUUUAUGAUGAACUGUGAUUGAUUUCCAUAUAUCAUUUGUGUGUCUAGAUCUAGAAAGCAAGUUAUCUGGGAGCGACAGUUCUGUGUGCUAGCUGUUGAGAAUUCCUGUUUCUUAGGGGGAUGUCGUCUCAAUUAACAGUUUCCAAUGAAGCUCAUUAUGGUUCACUGUCCUUCUCAUGCUUCGAAAGUAAUCGAGGUGUUUCUUUAUAUUGCUUCCAUCUCAAACAUGAAAGCAAAUUCUGUGCAUUAGAGAUGCAUUUGUUAAACUGUACUACUGUAGACAAACACUGAAGUUCUGUUCGAAUAUAUGUCAUCGAUGGGUGCUAGUUCUUCCUUCUGGAAGAACAGAUGCUAUGUAAAACCUCAAGUUCAUCAGUUGAGUAGAGCCGUGAUGGGCGCACAUGUAA